UGGUCCUCAGAGAAGAUUCUGCCUGGUUAACUGCAGUGCUGGCGGCCCACUUCCUGCCGGAUCUUGUUCUUAUCCCUGCUUCCCUGGUGAGUUGGUCUUCGGAGUCCCUAUAUGUGAGGGAAAGUUGGUAGUUGGUGGUAGUUAUCCACAAAAAGAGAAUCCAAUAAUCCAAGUGCCACAGUUCCUGACUCACAACUGUCAAGCACAAAUGUGAGAAACAACAAUAAGACACAGGUAGUGACAUCACAGUAGCUCCGCCUGUCAAUACGUGCUAUCACUUACUAACACUGUGACCUAACCUAUCCAAACGAUCAAACAGAAAAUAACAGUCUAGGAGAAGUCUAUGAUAAAGAGUAUUAUAUAGUACAGAAAAAUACACACACGCACAUACACACAGGCAAUCGUAUUUAGGCCUACAUCUGAAUACACUCAUCAACAUAAUAAAUAUAAGUAUGUGUGAAUGCAUUCAGAACACAAAGACACCCUCCUGUAGAAGCAUCGAUAAGCUUCAAGAAAAGCCAGAUGGAUGGAUAAAGAUGGCAAAUUGAUAAAAAGAGAAAGAGAGAUUUGAAAUGCAUGAGAAUGGUCAGUGAUAAUACUCCCUUCCACUAACAUCCCCCCCGUGAGUAAACUCCUGCACAACUGUGAUUCCUUCUUACUGAUGACUAAAGAGCAUUUCACUGUAACAACAUAUUUUUUCUGCCUUUACACUAGGUAACAACACUAUUAAUAAUGACCAUGAUUCACAUACUUAUCACUCAGUGUUCAGCCCAUGUGUGUAUUUUUUCUCUCUGCAGCUCCUGUGACUCUGGAUCCCAACACUGCAUACCCACAUCUCAUCCUGUCUGAGGAUCUGACCAGUGUGAGAGACAGUGAUGAGAGACAGCAGCUUCCUGAUAGUCCAGAGAGAUUUGAUGAGUAUGGCAGUAUCCUGGGUUCUGAGGGCUUUAACUCAGGGACUCACUGCUGGGAUGUGGAGGUUGGAGAGAACACAUGGUGGAAUUUGGGUGUGAUGACAGAGUCUCUCCAGAGGAAGGGAGACUAUGACUCCAAGAGUGGGAACUGGUUUGUGUGGUAUAAAGAUGGUGAAUAUAAAGCACGUUCUACACCACAGCCCUCCACUCUCCUCAGAGUGAAGCAGAAACUCCAGAGGAUCAGAGUGCAGCUGAACUGGGACGGAGGAGAGGUGUCAUUCUCUGACCCUGAUAAUAACACACAUCUACACACUCUCACACACACUUUCACUGAGAGAGUGUUUCCUUACUUUAAUACGGGCUGUAAACUCUCUCCUCUGAGGAUCUUACCAGUGAAGGCUUCAUUAACAGUAGAGCAGCACUGAUAGAGCGGAUGAUGUCUCUGUCUGGACCAGGACUGACAGUCAGAAAGAGAUGGAGACGGAGGGGGUGCCAAUCAUAAGUCACUAAUGACUACACUGAUAUGAAUCUCAUGAUAUCUGUUCUGUGCGCCAGCAUGUGAUGCAUUUUUAUUUAAUUCAUGUUUAAUUUCCUCACAUUCUAUGUUGAGUACCUAGUGAAAUAAGCGUUGAAUGAUUAACUACUUACUAACCGAGAGUGUGGUCAUGCCGGGAAAUAUCAGACUGAGGCUUUAACUUAUCGACCGAGCGAUAGCGAGGUUGAUACGGCAAAGCCGAAGUUUGAACGGUCGAGGUUAGUAAGUUGUUUAUUAUAUGGCAUUUUUCGCUCCUUUCAUUUUGUAAAUGAA